GUAGGCGGCCUUGGUCUUCUCUCAGAUCUUCCAGCUCCUUUUCUAAGCCUUCUAGCUGAUCGACAGAGUCUUCGUUUUGUAUUCGUAAUGACUCAACUUCAUCGCUCAGGGAGCGGAUUUGCUCCUCGAGUUCGGUUGAUUUUUCCUUCUCCCUACGUAGCGGUUCUUCGACCGUGUUGCAGCGCGUUUCAAGGUCAGUGCAAAUUUGUGCUACUGAACGUAAGAUGGCGUCUCUCUGGUACUUUCCCUGGCUCUGUAGUUCUGAGUCAAGGCGUGUACUCCAGUCUUCCAAAUGCUGACCAGUGA